AUGCUAGGAAAAGAAGUUAAAAUUUUACAGCAACUCAAAAAUGUUCAACAACUUCAGAAUUUAAAUGGACUGACUCAAGAAUUUCAACGUAUUAGUUCACGAACGCAUGCAUUAGACGUUAACCAGCAGGCCAGGAACCAGGACUUUCUAGCCUUAUAUAACCAGACUAUUAUAAACCAGAAUAAACUUAAAUCUCUAAGACAACAACAUGAAGCUGAUAAAAAUGAAAACAUGAGAAUCUUACAGAAUAUUAAGACCGAUCAAAACAGAUUUAGGGCUAUCCUGUAUGAGAAAAUAGAUACAAUUGAUGAGAACGUGAAUAAAACAUAUGCAGAGUUUAUUGAAAAAGCUAACGAAAAAGUGACGAUCUCAGCCAGUUCUCUUGGUUCAGUGUCUGAAUCGUUGUCAACCUGUUCAAAAUUUCAUUUUGAAGAAAAGGUUCUCGAAAAGGUUGUUCGCUUGGAACAUAAAUUGGAAGUUUGUACGGAAAAGAUGAAAGUAUGGGAAGAGUCUAUUUCUUCUAGUUUGGUUAAAGUGACCGAAGCGAAGAAACUUACAGAAACAUUUGUUGAAUCAAUGCGAAAUGCUCAUCUACAGGACCAAAUGCGGUUUAACAAUUCUUUACUUGAGGCGAAGAAACAGACAGAAACAUUUGUUGAAUCCAUGCGAAAUUCACAUAUACAGGACCAAAUGUGGUUUAACGAUUCUUUUCUUGAAGCGAAGAAACAGACAGAAACAUUUGUUGAAUCCAUGCGAAAUUCACAUAUACAGGACCAAAUGCGGUUUAACGAUUCUUUUCUUGAAGCUAAGAAACAGACAAAAACAUUUGUUGAAUCCAUGCGAAAUUCACAUAUACAGGACCAAAUGCAGUUUAACGAUUCUUUAAUUGAAGCCGUUGACCAUUUUAGGACACAGUCUGAAAAUGAAACUUGGAUAUACGGAAGGCAGAUGAAUUCAUUGUUUGAUUCCCUUUCUUCGAAAAUACAAGACUUGGAAGUAGCUGAAAGUAAAAGGGAGAGUAUCAUGGAAUCAUCUAUUCUCCAACAUCAGAGCCGGUUCAAUGAAUCGUUUGAUAAGAUUUUUGAACACUUCCAAGUUCGCUUCAAUAAUUCAUUGCAAGAAAUUGAAAUAAAACAGAAGAAAGUUGGAUUCACCUCAUGUGCCAGCUCCGCUCAAGGCUACUCUUUAGGUAGCAUUAUCAAAUUUCCUGAUGUGUUAUCCAAAAUUGGAAUAAGUAACAUAUCAACGUUUAAAUCAUCCGGAAAAUUUACAUGCAAGGCAGAAGGACUGUAUCAAAUUUCCGUGACAAUUCUGUCACAUACCGGUGAUAAAAGGUUUGGUAUUUAUAUGAAUAAGCAUCUAGUCUCAAAAGCAUAUAUAUCCAGUUCUUCCAAUUAUGAAUCUGGUACCGCAGUAGCUGUUGCAGUCUUAAAAAGGAAUGAUGAGUUGUCGGUGAAGCCAGUGGAGGGAAGUAUAUUCGUCAAUGACUACGCUUCGUGCAUUACUAUUGUAAAACUAUAG